AUCAGCUGUUGCUUCAGUGCGUUCUCAGUAUGCAAUUUAAAGUUUAUGAAGUAUAAAAUAAGUUGUCAGUUGCACUUUCGCUGGUUUCCUGUUCCAUCACUGCGCUUACUGCGUUCACUGUUUACUUCGGUCUUUGGAGCUCCGGCUGGAUAUCUGGCUUCUUCCUUAUUUCGUACUUGGAUCCUUUUCAUCACUUAUUUGUAGCACCUACCAAACAAAGCGUGAUUUCUUAAAGAGUUAUAAAUAUGCCGUCAUCCCCGGAUACGAAUUUAUCGGCGGUGCUUUAUUCGAUCAAAAAUUUACGCUUGGAGGAGCGUCCCAUUCCCCAACCUGGACCACACGAGGUGCAAGUUGCCAUUCAGAAAGUGGGCAUUUGUGGUUCGGAUGUGCAUUACUGGCAAAGAGGAUGCAUCGGAGAUUUUGUCGUAAAAGCGCCUAUGGUCUUGGGACAUGAAACCAGCGGUGUCAUUUCCGCUGUGGGUGAUAAAGUUACCCACUUAAAACAAGGUGACCGCGUGGCUAUCGAGCCGGGUGUGCCGUGUCGCAGAUGCGAAUAUUGCAAAGAAGGGAGAUAUAAUCUGUGUCCCCAUAUCACGUUUUGCGCCACACCGCCUUACCACGGCACCUUGACGCGCUAUUAUGUUCAUGCCGCUGAUUUUUGUUACAAGUUGCCAGAUCACGUUUCGUUGGAAGAGGGUGCACUGCUGGAGCCGCUAAGCGUGGCUGUUCAUGCCUGCCGACGAGCUGGCAUCGUCUUGGGAAAUUAUGUCCUUGUUUGUGGCGCAGGUCCCAUUGGACUGGUGAACUUGGUGUCUGCGCGUGCAAUGGGUGCUUCCCGGGUUGUUGUAACUGAUAUAUCCGAUGACCGGCUGAAAGUAGCGAAAGACUUGGGCGCUGACUUAACAAUCAAUGUGUCGGGAAAGGAUGCUAAAACCACUGCGGCAACGAUAGCUGAAUUUCUGGGGCGUCCAGUAGACUGUACGAUAGAAUGCAGCGGCGCCGAAACUAGCACAACAUUGGCAAUAUUUGCUACUAAAUCUGGAGGAUGUGUUGUGCUUGUCGGUAUGGGUGCCCCUGAAAGUAAAUUGCCGAUAAUGGAUGCACUUUGCCGCGAAGUUGACAUCCGCGGUGUAUUUCGCUAUGUAAACUGCUACCCUGCGGCACUUGAAAUGGUGGCUUCAGGCCGCGUAAAUGUGAAGCCGCUGGUAACGCAUCGCUAUUCACUGGAACAAACCUUGGAAGCAUUCGAAACGGCACGCACUGGUGCCGGUGGCGCGAUCAAGGUCAUGAUUGAUUGCAGCCGAAACCAGUAAAAUCUCGCUGUUAUCUCUCAGUAUGUCUAAGAAAGUUACUUACUUCCAUAGCUUACUCUAACUGAUGAGUCCCGGGCCACAAAUGACAUGGCGCACGUUAGUAUUAAAUAUUCUGCUUGGUAUUUCGGAAUGCAGAGGUAUGCGGGGAUCUGCGCCCUGAGCUGUACGUGAGAUCGAGGAGAAGAAAUUAAAAAUGCAGGAA